GGUGAAACCAUGCGUAUUCUUCUCCAAAGAGUUUGAAACACUGGAGCUACACGCUCCGGGUCCGGUGUUAGUCGACCCCGAUUUGAAAGGAGAGAUGCAUGGUGCAACCAAUGAAUGCAACAAACACUUUUCGAAAAGAAUAAGCGCGUAACUCCCCGGAGCUCCUCCUAGGUGUGAAAGGAAUACAACUAAUAACAAAAAUUGGAAUUUUUAUGGUGUGACUCAGGCUUUCUAGUUAUCUCUCCUUUAUCUCUCUCUCUAUAAAUGAAUUGGCUAGGUUUGUGUAUUGAGUGAUCCUAAAUUUGUAAACAGAAAAAUCUAAAUUUAUUCAUCCUAUUGAAGGACUUCAAAUUAUUUAUGUUACGGGGCUUGACGACAAAGAUUUGUGUUAUUUCAUUGAACAGAAAACAUUCUUCACCCUCCAUCAAUAAAUUCAGGAUCGCGUGAUUAAACUCAGAACUGAAACAUGGCCAAAAAAACCACGGUACAACCUGCCCUUCAUAAGGUUAUAAUGGUAGGAAGCGGUGGUGUUGGUAAAUCAGCCCUUACCUUACAAUUUAUGUACGAUGAGUUUGUUGAAGACUAUGAACCCACCAAAGCGGAUUCCUAUAGGAAGAAAAUCCUGCUCGAUGGCGAAGAAGUUCAAAUUGAUAUCCUGGAUACAGCCGGUCAGGAGGAUUAUGCUGCUAUCAGGGAUAAUUAUUUCAGGAGUGGAGAAGGUUUUUUGUGUAUCUUUUCAAUAACCGAGGAUGAGAGUUUCCAGGCUACACAAGAAUUCAGAGAGCAAAUAUUGAGAGUCAAAAACGACGACCAGAUCCCAUUCUUAUUGGUGGGCAACAAGUGCGAUCUUGAGGAAAAACGAAAAGUAACUCUACAAGAAGCCCAGGACCGAGCCAACAAAUGGGGGGUACCUUACGUAGAGACAUCCGCCAAAACAAGGGAACAUGUUGAUAAGGUAUUCUAUGACCUGAUGCGAGAAAUCAGAGCGAGAAAGAAGGAAGAAAACAAAACCAGCAACGGCCGGGGCAAGGACAAAAACAAGAAAAAGAAACUGAAGUGCAUAAUUCUUUAGAAAGAUUACAGGAUAGCCUGUUGUGUUUCUCUAGACUUUGGGCACACUGUAAUCUGUAUCACUUAAUUUUAGUUUUCUGUGCAUUUAACAUGUGCGAAGGACUCUUUCACAUGUCAGGCAUAAAAGAUACAUAUUUUGAAAAUCUGUAAAAGUAUAAGCUUUAUCGGGAAAUUAAAUAUUUUUUUCCUGCGUUUCUGGAUUGGUUAAUUUAUAUUCUUAUUAUUUAUUUUUUCCUACUUGUAAUGUAUGUAUGUAUUUGAAGGUAAACAUAAAUACACAUUUUGUUUGAAAAAACAAAAUAAAAUGUGGAUAGAACAUGCAGGCAAAUAUUGUCUGCAUUGUAUUCCAGUAAAUAUAUGGGCUUUUCAAAAAAAUUUACAAGGGCAGACUGAUUUUCUCAGAGCUGAUUGGAGAUUGUGUCCUGAGUAUUGAACCAAAAAAUCACACUCGAAAGGCUUGUGCGUUCGGCCCUAUUGGUCUUUUCUUUAUUUAUUUAUUUUUUUCAAAAAAAGGACCUUAACAAAAGUAGAUAAUUGCAUUCUGAUCAACUUUGCCUUCUAUUACUAACUAUUUUAGUUCAGGAGCUGCGACUAUUUUAGUGCUUCAGAUUUCGGAAAAAAAUAAAUAGCAAUACUGCUGGGGUGUGUUCCUUAUAAUUAGUGCGGCUUCUACAACUUUAAAUAAAAUUAAAAAAAAAAAUUAAAUACAAAACUUGUGGGGUGUUAACUCUUCUUUUUCUUUUUUCCUGGGGUCCUUGGCUUCUGCUCCUAAUAGGGCAAUUUGCCAGCACAUUUGAUUGUGUUCAGAAAGCCGUCUGGCUCAGGGCCAUGUUUCGAACACAGAUUCGUUUCAAUCUCUUCUAUCUUCAAUUUUUCUCUGUGUGUAAGGCACAUCCAGGAUUUGCCUAGAUCAAUCGCUGAAACCGGAUAUAACCUUUUUCUGUCAAAACAAACAGCGUUUUUACAAGUUUCAGACUCUGGCCGCCUAUUUGCCAACGUUACCACGCGCGAACUUUCUGUUUAUCUAGGAAUCUAAGCCGGCUUAGUCAAAAAGACGCAAACAAAUCCACGGAUGGCGAUGAAUCUCGGUUUUUACUCGCGGAGGUGAGCCAAAAUUUGGUCUCUACACUCCUCUAGUGCACCACCCGGUAAACCAACCGCCCACACUCUGGCGAGGACAAAACGAGACUGGGGUGUUAACUCUAUUAUCUUUUGCACAUGUCAAAACGGGCAAAUGACAGGUGCCAACUGUCAUAGCGACAAACACGUUCAUUUUUUUAUUAUUGUUGGUUAGAAUGAUUGAUUUUUUUUCUUCUGAUUCCAAAUAUACCAUAUAUGUUGGUAUUUGGUUCAGCUAUUUCUACGCUAUUUGAGUUCAAAAAUGCAUUCACAUUAACCUAAAUUAGGUCUGUUUCCAGUUCCUUACAUGAAUGCUGAGGCUUACUUAAUGUAAUCUUAAACUUAAAUAGCGCAAAAAAGGGGAAGCAAAUAUCAGCAUAAUGGUAUAUUUGGAAUAAGAAGAAAAAAAUCUAUCAUUCUAGACAAAAAUAUACAGGGUGUUUAUCUUUUAACCUUUAACUACCCGCGCCGGUGUAUAAAAUACACCAUUUCUAAGAAAAGAGCGGUAAGAACCCGAUCCGGCAUCCCCCACUCAUGCGCCUCGAUGUAACCUACGACCGACGUGUUUACUAGGUGCUCAGACAGUUACGCUUUGGUAGCUGGAAAGUUAGUUGAUUUAUUGACAAUUUCUUUAGUGCACUACACCAGACUGUGGUGCAAUGCAAGCAUUUAUGGGUUUGCUAUUGUUAUCUGGAUAUACGAAACAAAAUCAUACCCACUUUUUGGAACUCUGGACGACAGAUGGUACCGGUUCUAAAAUUUUUUGAGCAUGUAUGGGUAAAAACCCACUCCAGAAGAUGACAAAUCAAGGCAAAAUGUUUUCUUAUGAUUCUUAUGAUUUAUGUACUCAAUCACACAUUCAUAAAUGUGGUGUACAUAAUACACCGCCUGUACCUACAGGAGAUUCUAGAGCGCGGGCUGCUAAAGGUUAAAAAAAGCAAAUGUUUGUCAUUAUGAUGGUUGACACCUGCAGGUUUGCUAUUUAAUUUUCCCCAAAACUAAAAUUGUCGCAGCGUCUAAACUAAAAUUGCUGGCAAAAAAGUCAAGGCAAAGUUGAUCAGAAUGUAAUAAUCUACAACUUUUAUGAAUUAUUCAAUGUGAAGAAAGUCAUGAUCUCAAAUUUUUUUAAUAAUGUAAAGGUUACAUAUUUCGCCCAAUAAUGGGCGUCAUCAGACCUAUAAAAAGAAAACCUCAUUCACUUAGAACAAUUCCAAGUAUAAGGAGGACAUGCGCAAGUUGUUCGGAGCCGGUAGGCAAGGUACGACCAUCUCGAGAAUCCCAAGUGAGUACGUUAACGAAAGCUUCGUGGUAAAUGAAAAAAGAAGAACAAGAAAACGCAAGCAGAAGAGGAGAACGACGUGACAUCUGUCAAGAGAGAGAGACAUAAAGCAAAUGGUUUCGAAAAACAAAUAAUCCUGAACCCUAAUGCCCUAAUAUGAAAAUAGUAUUCUUUAAAUUAUGUUGUUAAAAAUUAAAUUGGGUUCGAAAUUGAACACGUCGUUCACAGAGGUCAGGAGUCAGGACAGGGAUCUUCUUGGCUCUAGUUAUUUCCAUUUUCUCCAGUAAGUCCAAUUUCCUUCACUUAUCACAUUGAUGCAAAACUUUAACGUUUACAGGAAUGGAAGUGUGUCCCUGAGGUCAACAAGUGGUUUGCGAAGGCGGAAUUGGUAUUGGUUAUAUCAGAAUCCCUUUUUUUUUCGCACAUAGCUAAGAAAGUGUUACAAUAGUGAUAUAGCCUAUAAAACAAUAAACAGUUUAAAACGACACCUCUGUGAACGACGUAUUUAAUUUCGAACCCAAUUUAAUUUUUAACAACAUAAUUUGAAGAAUACCUACUAUUUUCAUAUUAGGGCAUUAGGGUUGGGGAUUAUUUGUUUUCCAAAAACAUUUGCUUUAUGUCUCUCUCUCCUGACAGAUGUCACGUCGUUCUCCUCUUCUGCUUGCAUUUUCUUGUUCUUCUUUUUUCAUUUACCACGAAGCUUUCGUUAACGUACUCACUCGGGAUUCUUGAGAUGGUCGUACCGGCUCCGAACAACUUGCGCAUGUCCCCCUUAUACUUGGAAUUGUAGUUUAGGUUAUGUGUAGUUUUAGGCUUCCCUGUCUUGCCCUUGUCAGCUCCGGGACAUGUUUCACAUUUUUGUUGAACUUAUUUUUAAAGUUUUUAAAUUUUUUCUUGUAAAGAUGUAUUGAAGUGUAUACGUCUGUUGGAAACACUCACUCUGGCAGUUCAGUUGAAGGUAUGUGUUUCUGUACUAUGUUUGUUCUAAGUGUAAGAGGUUUUCUUUUGAUAGAUCUGAUGAUGCUCAUUAUUGGGCGAAACAUGAAAAAUUUUGAGAUGACGACUUGGUGUUUUUCUUCACAUUGAAUAAUUGAACACAGAUCUCUGUGAGCUAUGAACUAUUUUUUUUUGAACUUUUAUUAAGGCAAUUUUGUCGAAAAAAAAAAGGCCAAUAAAUCCGAACGCGCAAGGCUUUCCGGUGUGAUUUUUUAGACAGGACACAGUCUUCAAUCAGCUCUGAAAAAAUUAGCCUGCCGUCGUAAAACUUUUUGAAAAACCCGUAUAUUCACUGGACUAUUGGAAACGUAGUAUAUUUAUAUGUUUCACUUCUGUGAUUAUAGUAAUUAUUAUAAAUGUACUAACUUUUUACGCAUAGAGAAGGACAAUCAGCAUCAAGAGAAAAGAAAAAGAAUGCUUUGAAGCAUUACACAGGAUCUCUUGGAUAGUGUUAAGCCGGGCUCAAACGACUCGUGUACUUGGCGAAUAAUCGUUACUUGCGUAUACUUGCCAUGUCGUGUGAGGGGGUUACUUGUACAAUUAUUCGUCACUCGUUGGUUUUCCAUUUCUUAUUGGUAAAAAUGUCCCGAGUCAAAGGGAUCACCAUUAUUCGUACACUUGCCAAGUUCAUACUUGUCUAUACUUGUAGAGGCGCUCAAACGAAAUGCACAAAUAAUUGGCUUUUACUGCGACUAUUUCAUUUAGUUUUCGACGAGCAUCAAGGUUUAGCCAAAUGUUCGCGCGAACACGUCGUGUGAGCGCCCUGCUUGCCAUCGCAAUUCCCAAAGCUAGUAUACUUGCCAAGUACGCGAAUAAUUGUGUAUUCGCCAAGUACACGAGUCGUCUGAGCCCGGCUUAAGACAAAAAAGUUGUGUAUACCUUCCUUAUACAGAGUGUCUCUUAUUUGAAAAAAAAAAUAAAAUGUUGCUUCUUCUUAAAUAAAAUUUAAAAAUUCACAAUUCAGUUUAUUAUUUCAUCUAUUCUUUCGAUCUAAUCAAACUGAACAAACUAAUCUGAUUUAACUGAAAGUGAUUUCUAUUUCCACAUCACUUUUUUUUUGUCGCAUUGGAAGAACAAGAAUCUAUAUCAGCGGAUUUUGACUCACAAAUGAUCUGAAAAAAGUGAAUGUGAAAAUUCUGAUCACUUGGGGCUAGGAAUAAACUGGGUGAAAUCAUUAGGUGGGUAUGGUGGGGAAAGUGAUACAAAAUCGAAAGAACACAGUUUGUUAAGAACGAAAGAAUAUUAGUAAUUAUGUAUUGACUGAUUUUUUUUUAAACAUUAAAUGCUAAAAUAUCAAUAUAAAUAAAUGAUCAUUCAAAAAAUUUGUUGUCCAUAAUUAAGUACCUAUUAAGAUAAAACUUAUUAUCUCUAAAAUAUAUUGCUUUAAAUGUUGCAAAAUUUUUAUGGAUGGCCGCCAGAUAAUUAACUAAAGUUAUGUGCAUGUAAUUCACUUUUCAUUUAAAAAACAUUUGCUUCACUGAAAUUUUGUUGAAAACGAUUUCUACUAUUUGGCGGGAUUUUUGAACUGAAUGUUAGUUCAUUUUGUGCGAUGUUGUUCAGUAACUUAUUGUAAAAAUAAACAGUUAUUUAUAUAUGUAUAUUAUUAAGAAACAGGGCUUAAAUUUUAUAUAACUUUUCCAUAUUGUACUUUGUACCGGUAAUAGAAGAAAUACGUAUUAUAAUAAUUUUAUUCACA